UAUGACGUAAUCUUGUCACCGUUUCUUUCCUGUGCAACCGCUAUAGCACAGGAUUUGAUUCACUCAAUCCGCAACUAUCGGAGAGUGGCAUGAUAGUCAUUAGGAGACGCUGGCUGGCUUUGAGUUUGAGUGGCUUGGCAGUGGUUUUUUUCGGUUUUGAGUUUCUCCAAACAGUUGGGGAGGGUAAUAAGGGGCUGGAAAGUGGGGACAGCAGGAAAAUUGUAGCUUUUUCUUUGAAGAAACAAAUCGAAAUUGAAAGUGAAGAGGUGGCUUGUAGUGGCGGGUUUUUCGUUGGGGUAAAGCCCGAAAAAUUGGCAAAUGGAAAGUGGACACAAUUAGACGGGACGAGUAUUUUUAUUUAUUCGAUUUAUUUUGAUGGCAGGCUGGAGCCGCAUCAUUAUUUAAGGACAAUAUCAAUGGUUAAAGGCACUCCUGGUAAAGAAUUUUUUUGCCAAAUUGCCACCUCUGAUGGUCACUACCACAUCACCAAAGCCGUAGUAACGAAAAUUUGGUCCGAAACAUGGAACCAAAACGACACUCAUUUGUACUUCAACCCCUAUCUCAUAUCUUGCCAUUUACCCGUGAAUAAAACCUCGGUUUAUUUCUCCCUCAAUGAAAAGCCGUGUCAAAUAGCGCCCCAAAAAUUUGUGAUAACAACCCCCAAUGUGGAAAACACAACUAGCUUUACAGUUUGUGUAAAACCACUAAAUUUUCGGAACGACAUUUCCGAACAACUCCUCCAGUGGAUCGCAAUCAACCGAAUACUGGGGGCCGAAAAAAUCGACUUUUACGUUGAAAAUCUCCAAAAAAAGCCGCGCCAAGUUCUUGAAACUCUGGAAAAGCACUUGAACGGUGGUUUAACUCUGUAUGCCCAUAACCAGAUCGCUCAAGAGCCAACUUUCAAGCACUCAACCCACAUUUGGCAAAAAAGACGUUACGAAAUCAUCGCCUACAACGACUGCCUUUACCGCAACAUCCACACGUCACACUUUGUAAUUCCUCUCGACAUUGACGAAAUAAUUGUACCAAGACAUGGAAGCACGUGGGCGGAAAUUCUUAACCGAACUGACGACACUUUUGCCUCGUUUACUGUUAGAAAUGCCUAUUAUUUGCGCCACUUUAACGUGAAAAAAUCAACAGAGGAGGUGUUUUUCUUCAAAAGGACGGUCCGGAGCGAGUUCAGCGACGAGGGAGAGUCGGGGAAAAGCUUCGUUUCCACCAAAAAUGCACUAACAGUGUUCAAUCACUACGCCUUAAGGAGUUUAAAGCCGGGGGUUGGGGUGGUGAAGUUUUUAAACGUUGGUUUAGCGCAGCUUAACCAUUAUAAGGAUGACUGUGAUACUGUGAUAUUGCCGGAGUGUGCCAAAUAUUUGUCUAGUCCUGUAAGGGUCGCUGAUGGUGUUAUUUUCAAGUUUAGGAGGCUGUUUUUUGCAGAGUAUGGGAAGCUGUUACGUUUGCUUUUGUAAUAAAAUCAGGUUGAAUUUUUGGUGUAAUAUCUUGUCGCUUGAAUAAAUUUUUAAUCCCUAAUUCCCCAAUAAUUUUGCGGUCAAAUUUACAAAAGUAAAAGUAUUGUAGCAACGUAUCUUUGUACACCAUAAAGUUUUACAAC